AUGGAUAAUGGCACAUGGGCGCUCAAGAGCAAUUACUCCGAUUGUGAACCCAUCCUGGAGGAGAAGGUGAGUGCGGAGAGCCGGGUGUCGCCUGUGUUCUCCACUGUGUUCUCCACUGUGUUCUCCACUGUGUUCUCCACUGUGUUCUCCACUGUGUUCUCCACUGUGUUCUCCACUGUGUUCUCCACUGUGUUCUCCACUGUGUUCCCCACUGUGUUCCCCACUGUGUUCUCCACUGUGUUCUCCACUGUGUUCUCCACUGUGUUCCCCACUGUGUUCCCCACUGUGUUCUCCACUGUGUUCUCCACUGUGUUCUGCACUGUGUCCACUGUGUUCUUCACUGUGUUCUCCACUGUGUUCUCCACUGUGUUCUCCACUGUGUUCCCCACUGUGUUCUUCACUGUGUUCUCCACUGUGUUCUCCACUGUGUUCUCCACUGUGUUCCCCACUGUGUUCUGCACUGUGUCCACUGUGUUCCCCACUGUGUUCUGCACUGUGUCCACUGUGUUCUUCACUGUGUUCUCCACUGUGUUCUUCACUGUGUUCUCCACUGUGUCCCCCACUGUGUUCCCCACUGUGUUCUCCACUGUGUUCUCCACUGUGUUCUCCACUGUGUUCUUCACUGUGUUCUCCACUGUGUUCUCCACUGUGUUCUGCACUGUGUCCACUGUGUUCCCCACUGUGUUCUGCACUGUGUCCACUGUGUUCUCCACUGUGUUCUCCACUGUGUUCCCCACUGUGUGCUUCACUGUGUUCUCCACUGUGUUCCCCACUGAGUUCCCCACUGUGUUCUCCACUGUGUUCUCCACUGUGUUCUCCACUGUGUUCUUCACUGUGUUCUCCACUGUGUUCUCCACUGUGUUCCCCACUGUGUUCUCCACUGUGUUCUCCACUGUGUUCCCCACUGUGUUCUGCACUGUGUCCACUGUGUUCUUCACUGUGUUCUCCACUGUGUUCUCCAGUGUGUUCUCCACUGUGUUCCCCACUGUGUUCUCCACUGUGUUCUCCACUGUGUUCUCCACUGUUGUGUUCUCCACCGUGUUCCCCACUGUGUUCUCCACUGUGUUCCCCACUGUGUUCCCCACUGUGUUCCCCACUGUGUUCCCCACUGUGUUCCCCACUGUGUUCUCCACUGUGUUCCCCACUGUGUUCUCCACUGUGUUCUCCACUGUGUCCACUGUGUUCUCCACUGUGUUCUCCACUGUGUUCUCCACUGUGUUCCCCACUGUGUUCUCCACUGUGUUCUCCACAGUGUUCGCCCCUGAGUUCUCCACUGUGUUCUCCACUGUGUCCACUGUGUUCUCCACUGUGUUCUCCACUGUGUUCUCCACUGUGUCCACUGUGUUCUCCACUGUGUCCACUGUGUUCUCCACUGUGUUCCCCACUGUGUUCUCCACUGUGUUCUUCACUGUGUUCUUCACUGUGUCCACUUUGUUCUCCACUGUGUUCUCCACUGUGUUCUCCACCGUGUUCUCCACUGUGUUCCCCACUGUGUUCUUCACUGUGUUCUCCACUGUGUUCCCCACUGUGUUCUCCACUGUGUUCUCCACUGUGUUCCCCACUGUGUCCACUGUGUUCUCCACUGUGUUCUCCACUGUGUUCCCCACUGUGUUCUCCACUGUGUUCUCCACUGUGUCCCCCACUGUGUUCCCCACUGUGUUCCCCACUGUGUUCUCCACUGUGUUCUCCACUGUGUCCACUGUGUUCUCCACUGUGUUCUUCACUGUGUCCACUGUGUUCUCCACUGUGUCCACUGUGUUCCCCACUGUGUUCUCCGCUGUGUUCUCCACUGUGUUCACUGUGUUCUCCACUGUGUUCUCUACUGUGUUCUCCACUGUGUUCUCCACUGUGUUCACUGUGUUCUCCACUGUGUUCUCCACUGUGUUCUCCACUGUGUUCUCUACUGUGUUCUCCACUGUGUCCACUGUGUUCUCCACUGUGUUCCCCACUGUGUUCUCCAGUGUGUUCUCCAGUGUGUUCUCCACUGUGUUCUCCAGUGUGUUCUCCACUGUGUUCUCCACUGUGUUCUCCACUGUGUUCUCCACUGUGUUCUCCACUGUGUUCUCCACUGUGUUCUUCACUGUGUUCUCCACUGUGUUCUCCACUGUGUUCUCCACUGUGUUCUUCACUGUGUUCUCCACUGUGUUCCCCACUGUGUUCCCCACUGUGUUCUCCACUGUGUUCUCCACUGUGUUCUCCACUGUGUUCUUCACUGUGUUCUCCACUGUGUCCACUGUGUUCUCCACUGUGUCCACUGUGUUCUCCACUGUGUUCUCCAGUGUGUUCCCCACUGUGUUCUCCACUGUGUCCACUGUGUUCCCCACUGUGUUCUCCACUGUGUCCACUGUGUUCUCCACUGUGUUCUCCAGUGUGUUCUCCACUGUGUUCUUCACUGUGUUCUCCACUGUGUUCCCCACUGUGUUCUCCACUGUGUCCACUGUGUUCCCCACUGUGUUCUCCACUGUGUUCUCCACUGUGUCCACUGUGUUCUCCACUGUGUUCUCCAGUGUGUCCACUGUGUUCUCCACUGUGUUCUCCACUGUGUUCCCCACUGUGUUCCCCACUGUGUUCUCCACUGUGUUCUCCACUGUGUUCUUCACUGUGUUCUCCACUGUGUUCUCCACUGUGUUCCCCACUGUGUUCUCCACUGUGUUCUUCACUGUGUUCUCCACUGUGUCCACUGUGUUCUCCACUGUGUUCUCCACUGUGUCCACUGUGUUCUCCACUGUGUCCACUGUGUUCCCCACUGUGUUCUCCACUGUGUCCACUGUGUUCUCCACUGUGUUCUCCACUGUGUUCCCCACUGUGUUCUCCACUGUGUUCUCCACUGAAUGA